GUUUGGCGUUGGCACAGAUUCGGGCUGGAGCCGCAGCAGCAGCACAGUGACCGGGCUGAAGGCUUUUGACUGGGGCCAACUUCCUCCGGGACAACCCUGACGAGAUGAGAGCAAGCUGGCCAUAAGUGACUUUGUAGUACGAAAUGGUCGUGGAGCUUUAAUACGUCCAAACGGUUUUGUAUCAGGGAUUUCACAGAAGCUUCAAGCUUUGCCAAAAAAAAAAAGGGGGAAAAAACAUGAUGACUUUCAACAGGAAGCGACGCUGCAGCUGUGACAGUGAAGAGGUCCAGCAGCUCAGUCCUCAGGCCAAGAGGUUAACACGGGGUCCCAGUCCACCUGUGUCAGACCUGGACUCAGAGUCUUCCAGCAGUGACAGUAGCAAUGGCGUCGGCAGUCCAGAGAGGGCAGUAGUGGUCACUACCAGGCCAAGCAUACGCAACCAGAACAACCGCAUCAACGAGCACCCCCGCAGCGUGGAGUCUGAAGACUCCGCCAGCUCCGUGCAGCACGGUCUCUAUGGCAACGACAGCACCGUCUCCUACAUCUCCAUCAACAGAGUCCUGAGAGAGGCGCACUUCAGCAGUCUGCAGUCCAGAGGGCGCUGCGGCUCGACAUGACUUUGACCCCACCCCCCUCUCCCUCCUGACGCUCAUCCAUCAGCGCAGUUUCUCCUCGUACAGCGACUGCUCCUCAAUGACCUCCGGCGACACACGGGAGGUCAGGAGACUGGGAAGUGGGAUGACGUGUGGGGAGGUUUACAGAUUUCGGGCACUGAGGCUCGUCCCCACCUCGCCGUGUUAAAACCAUUCGUUGAAACCAUAAUAAGCACAUCGGCCUUUCCACGGCCCAGCCACUGUGGGCGUCUGUGCAGUGUUGAUGUGUAUGUGUGUUUAUGUGAAUGUGUGUCUGUGUGCGUGUAUAGGGCACCCUGUGCACUUUAUAAAGAGGUGUCGUUCUCUUUACAUGCGUGCAUUGAUGUGUGUGGACAUUUUCAUUGGUGCUAAUCAUAAGAAACGAGUGCUGAAAGUGCUUGGAAAACUAAAUAAAGUAAAGCACUUUAUUCACAAA